AUGGCAUCCUUACAGAUGUCCAAGCCCAAGAAAUUGAAGAAGAUCAGCGACCGCAAAAUCUAUAUCCCCACAGCAGGUCCUGUGGCAUCUCUGGCUCUUUCCAGCCCACCAGAUUCUAGCCUUUUCAGCAAAGAGCCUGCGUCUCCUUCACCGUCAUGUUUCGCCCCUCCUUCCCUCGCCGCCAAUGUCCCGAUAUGUAUCCAACGCUAUCCCUCGAUCAUCCAUGUCAUAGAAAGACUACGCGAAGUGUCAGAAAAGAAUCAAAGUAUCAGCGACUUCGAGGCCUACGCUGUGGUUUUUUGCACAUGCCUUUCGACAAAUGUUCUCUACUCAAUGGAAAAGACGCCCCACCUGGACACGAACAACUCCAAUUACCGCGCUAUGUACUACGAUGUCGUUAAUUCUGCGGAAUACUUUCGCUCAUGGGCUUGUAAAAAGGUCCAAGAGGAAGGCGAGCUUGCCAUCGACAUGCGCCUGGCCACGUCGAUGUUCUGGUUCAAUGCCACACUCAAGGCUCUUGAUGACCUCCACGGGAUCGUGACACGUAUGGUAGCGGAUGCGAAACCGCUUCCUGGCAUUCCUGUCGAUUUGUCUGAGGAAGACGGCAUCGACAAAAGUGGGAGCCCUGAGUCUCAUAGGCUUCGGCCGCCUAAGCCUCGCAUCUCCCCUCUGAGCAUAAUCGUAGAAGAAGUCCUUAAUAAUGACAACCCGGCUUCUCCAGACACCCCCAGCGACACUGUCGCUUCUGGUUCCACUUUGGGUCUUGGCCGUGUCAGGUUUGCCGACGAAUCUAGCAGUAGUACUGACACGCUGGUGUCGACGCCGACAAAUCAAGCGGCUCUCCCUCCACGAUGCAAGAAGCUCGCUCAGCAGAUUCGACGUGUCGUUAAGCUUGCCAAGGAGCGCGGUCACCGUAUUGUUCAAUCUCAGAACUCGACUUCGACACUAUCUUCAGAGCCAAAGACAGAGUCCUUCAAGUCACUCGACCGGCGUCAAGCUGUGCAAAUCACUUAUGCGAUUCGUCAGUCCGCCAUAUACCACUUCGAGGAUCCUAGCAACCGCGUCGACAUGCCUAUGCCUGAGGAUUACGCGGCCAUGAAAGUCGACGAAAAAGGACAAUUGACGAGUGCUACAUUGCAGGCCCUCAUCUUGCAAGUCACCUCGCGUGAAGUCACACAGGAAGGUGUUCUCGACACUUUUUUCCUUGGUUUCCGGUACUUUACGACACCGGCUAUACUGGCCAGGGGCCUUUUAGACCGCUUCAAGGUGAUGAACGAACAUGGCUAUCAGUUCACUGAGCAACAGCGUGUUGUCUGGGCGGCUUCGAAGGACAUCACGGAAAAACGCGUCGUGCACGUUAUCUGCUUGUGGCUGGAGCGUUACUGGAACCCAGCGUUCGACAGUGAAGCACUCGAGAUCUUCCAGGAGUAUUUUUUGAGACAUCCAGAAUGUCGUCCCGGCAGCGAGAUGCUGAAACUCUACAGACGUUUGGACAAAAUCGGCUCAAGUGGCGCCUCGCGAUCCAAAUGGUUGGAAUAUAGAUAUCGUAAGAUCGCGCCCGGAAGCUUUUCCCCUAAUCCUGAGGAAACGAAUUUUCGUCUCCCAACGGUACCAGACAAGCCAGUGAAAUCCAGGCUGCUCUGGUUCAUGAGUAACCCUGGUAUCCGGGAGUUUGCGCGACAGAUCACUAUCCAGUCAUUCAAAAUUUUCAGGAGGAUCGAACCGGAGAGCGCUGUCCGCUCAUGGAUGGCAAACGAAUUGGAGGGAAAAGAGACCAGAGCGGACUUUGUGAAUUGGGGAAGGUCGCUCACAUUCUGGGCCACCAUUUCUAUCUUGCACGAAUCGUCGCUGGAGGGUCGUGUUCCAAUGAUAGAGUUCUGGCUCGAGGUGGCAAUGGAAUGUCUCAAGCACUACGACUUCAACUCCGCCUUUGCCAUCUACAAUGGUGUUGUCGCUUCUCCCGUGAACCGACUCAGACGUACAGCUCUGGCGUUGUCCAUGAAACAUAAGGGUUUCCACUGGGUAUUUGAAACAGUGUUCGACAACUUCAGGGAAUACCGUCGCAUAAUUCAAGCUGUUGGACUCAAGUCAAGACCCAUGGUUCCCAUCCUUGACCCUCUUGUUCACGAUGUAACUCAAAUCAAGUCAAGCCUUUCAAGGGCAGUUACCGAGGGAAGAAUCAACUUUUUCCCUGUACGCACUAUCUGUGCUACAAUCCGAACAUUGGAGCAAGCUUGGCUGCCCUACACGUUUAGAAGCAGCCCUGCUUGCCAAGAAUGGCUAACAAAGAAGAUGCAGUGGGCCGUAGAAUUGAAAGCAAAACUGGAUGUCGAUGACACUGAUCAGUACAAAUGGAGCCGUGUCCUUGAACCGAGGGACCCGGAACUUGACAAAAUACACAAUAAUCCUGCUAUGUUGUGGAACCUUGUCGCCACCCGGAGUGGGUAUCAGAACGUCGCCUCAAUAACGACGUUUGAUCUCGAUGCUAUUCUCAACAUUCAGGCUUGCCAGGCCCGAUGA